AUGUCAAAAUUAGAAAAACUUUUGUCAGUCCGUAAACGAGCUCUUGGAGACCUCGACCAUCAUGUGGCCGAAAUAAAAAAAUUCAAUGAGCAAAGCAACACGACAGCCGUUGCCUUUCGCACCGUUGCCUUGGAAAAGGCAUUCAGAGAGUUUGCCGAAUCAAACGACGAACUGGAAAAAAUGUCAGCCUAUCAUGAGAUCCAGCAAUUGGACGACUUAAAUUCCGAAAAUCGCAAGGUACAGGACAAGUACCUGGAAAUCAAAUUGCAUAUUGCCACAAUUCUGCCCAAUGAUGAAAAUACAUUAAACUCUACCUUCUAUCCAUCCCCCCGCGAACGAUCAGCAGAAAAUGCGGAAUAUUCAGGUGAAAAGGCAACUGGCAUCAAAAUGCCAGCAAUUCAAUUGACUCCUUUCGACGGUGACUACGAAAAAUGGCCUGAAUUUCGAGACAUGUUCACCUCUUUAAUGAAUAAAUAUCGUGGCGAUGAUGUGGAAAAAUUGACUCAUCUAAAAAAUUAUUUGAAAGGUCCCGCUUUUGAAGCCGUAAAAUACUUAGGUCUUGAAAACGGCAACUACGAUGCAGCAUGGGAUGAGCUGAAAAUCUCGUUUGAAAAUAAAAGCGCUAUUAUCGACGCAAACCUUCGAAAAUUCACAGAGAUACCAUUUAUUACUUCGGCCUCUGUACAAUCAGUACGACACGCACUUUCCACUACACGCAGUUGUUUGUCAAUGAUCAAACGAUUUGAUAUAUUGACGGAUACGUGGGAUCCAAUCAUGGUCUUUCUUCUAAAAGAAAAAUUGAGCCCAGAAUUACGCACCAAAUGGGAGGAAGAAAGAAAAGGUUCAUUCGAACCAGCUUCGCUAAAAACCUUCUACAAUUUCUUGGAAAUAAGAGCAAAGGUCUUAUUGGCUAUGCCACCACGAAAACCAUACCAAAAAUCGACACCAGUCAUUAAACCACCGGUAAAAACGUUUACCUUGACUAAAGGUGAAUCCAUAGAAACGCCAGGCAACGACGAUCUAAGUCACGAAGAAGAUUUAGCUUCCGCAAUAAGUGCCGAUGAUACUGAUGCAAUGUUUAUGAUCAACAAUCGUAAGACAGAAAAAUGUAAUGUUUGCAAUGAGAAUCAUCGUACAUUUCAUUGCCCGAAAUUGACAACCAAUUCAAAGGAAGCGCUGAAACUCGUCAAUGAGUUAAAGUUAUGCAUAAACUGUUUAUACAAACAUGAAAGUUCAGCUUGCACAUCAAAAUUCGUUUGCCGAACUUGUGCCAAAAAUCACAAUUCAUUACUUCACGAUGCACUCACGGCAUCUACUGCUCAGCAAGUCCUGACAAUCGAUGUGAAUAAAAACACUUGGUCGAAGGGACAUUCGAAACGAGCACUCUUGGCCACAGCUCUGGUUCCAAUAAAAUCAAAACAUGGAGAAGUGGUGCUACGGGCAUUAAUUGAUCAAGGAUCAACCACGAAUGUAUUGAGCGAAAGAGGCGCACAGCUCAUCAACUGUUCUCGAAAGAAAAUUAUGGAAAUUCCAAUGCUUGGUCUAGGAGGAGUGCAAACAGGAAAAUCAAAUUUCAAGACAUCAAUUGUUAUUGGUUCAUUGUAUGAAAAAUCCUUCAAUCUGUCGAUCGAUGCAUAUAUCACAGCUCAUAUCACGACAAUCCGACCAAUUUCAGCAGAAACCAUGGCAUCUUGGUCCCAUUUAAAUAGCAUCCAACUCGCAGAUCCCGAUUUUGCCGAAAAUAAAGCAAUUGAUCUUCUGAUUGGCACACAAACAUUUGGCGAAAUCAUUGAAAGUGGCUUGAUUAAAGGUCAACAAAACGAGCCAAUUGCACAGAAAACUAAAUUGGGUUGGAUCACAUCGGGUUCAUACAAAGCAAACACUACAAGCGAAUUGAUUCAAUGCCUCGAAAUGGCCGAAGAAGACGAGGUCAUUUAUACAAAUAUCUUAACCGACGAAAAUUUGUCGGAACAACUCAAAGCGUUCUGGGAAAUUGAGGAGAUAAACGCAAAAAAAUUAUGGUCUGAGGCCGAUCAAGAAUGUGAGACCAGGUUUAUUGAAACAAUCUCUCGACAUGAUGAUGGCAAACUGAUUAUGCGAUUACCAUUCAAUCACGAUACAAGCUCCGUAGAUUUUUUAGGUGAAUCAUUUGAAAGAGCAAAAUCUCGUUUCUUUCAAUUAGAAAAACGAUUCGCCAGAAAUGAAGCAUUGAAAAUAGAAUAUACAAAAUGCAUUGAGGAGUAUAUCGCGCUGGGUCACGCAAUUGAAGUUCCCAUGGAAAAUUAUUGUCACGCCAUCCCUCACCACGCAGUCUUUAAAGAAAGUAGUACAACCACCAAACUACGAGUGGUAUUUGAUGCCUCAGCAAAAACAUCAAAUGGCUAUUCGCUUAAUGAUAGAUUACAUAUCGGACCCACCAUUUUAGAAGACAUAUGGGCAGUUUUACUUCGUUGGCGAUUGAAAAGAAUUGCGCUAACUGCCGACAUCGAGAAGAUGUACAGGCAAUUUUGGGUCCACCCAGAGGAUACAAAAUUUCAACAAAUCCUUUGGCGAUCUAAUUCAAACGAACCAAUAAGAUUGUAUGAGCUACAAACAGUAACCUUUGGGGAAGCACCCGCUCCAUUUUUGGCAAUACGCGGUCUUCAUUACAUUGCAGAUGAAAUUAGCACGAAACAACCUGAAGUCGCUCAAGUAAUCAAAAAGAACUUCUAUGUCGAUGACGGCCUCCCAUCUGUAGACACGAUUGAGCAAGCCAACGAUUUACAAACAAACCUGACAGAGGUUUUCUCACAGUAUGGUUUACCUUUACGUAAAUGGCACUCAAAUAUUUCUGCUUCCCAAAGCGAACGAUUGAUAGAAGUGAAAACACACCCACAGAACUCAUGCACCGCACUUGGACUACAAUGGAAUACGUGCACUGACGAAAUUAGUUUCAAAAUCACACUCAAAAAAGAUGUGAAAAGUAUUACAAAAAGAACAGUCUUAUCAGAAAUUGCGUCGUUAUUCGAUCCGUUAGGAUUAUUGGCACCAUUGAUUAUGCCAGCAAAAAUGUUUAUGCGUCAACUCUGGCUAGAACAAGUUGGUUGGGAUGACAGUUUAUCAGAUACUCGAAAGCAAGAAUGGGCCUUGAUUAGAGCUUCAUUAUUACGGUGUUCAACGAUUCGAGUGAUGCGUUGGAGUGGGUACCAUACUAACCACAAACAUGUAUCACUUCACGGUUUUUGCGACGCAUCCGAACAAGCGUAUGAUGCUGUACUAUACCUGCGUACAGUGUUAGAAAAUGGAACAAUUGAAGUGCAUCUAAUCACGGCUAAAACCAAAAUUGCCCCAUUGAAAAAAUUGUCGAUACCACGACUAGAGCUCUGUGCUGCGUCAUUAUUGACAAAAUUAAUGGAAAAAUUUAUUAAAACUAUUGAAAUCCCAGAUUUGAAACCAUAUGCUUGGACCGAUUCAGCAAUCGUCUUAGCUUGGUUAUCAACACCACCAUGUAAGCUGAAACCAUUCGUUUCUCACCGUGUGUCGGACAUACAAGACAAAAUUAAACCAGAUUGCUGGAGAUAUGUUAAAUCCACAAUGAAUCCCGCCGAUUAUGCAACACGUGAAAAAUUUGCAAAUGAGAUUGUCUCCCUCACACAUUGGUGGAAUGGUCCAUCUUUUUUAGCCGAGGAACAAGACAAAUGGCCAGUCACACCUUCUCACAUGAUUUCAAUGAAGAAUAUGCCGGAACUGCGUCCAAAAAUACUACAUCAACAAGAGACAAAACAACAGGAGCCACUAGUCGAAAGCCCUAUCCUUACUAGAUACUCAUUUUUAGGACAUCUAUUACGUGUGACGGCAUAUAUCGCUCGUUGGUUGAAACGAAAUCGAAUGCAUCGAUCAAAACAAGGUAUCACCGCCGAAGAGUUAUUUGCGGCUAAACAAAUUUGGAUUAGAUAUGUCCAACAAUUGCAUUUCAGUCAGGAAAUUAAUCACAUCCGAGCAGGAAAAUCGCUUAAUGCUCGAGAUUCAUUGUUGUCACUUAACCCAUUUAUAGAUGAACAUGGUAUUCUGCGAGUAAAAGGAAGAUUGCGAAAUGCUCUCCUGCCUCAUAAUACCAAAUAUCCUGCAAUCUUACCAGUAUCAAGUCAUUUCACUAGAUUAAUCAUUCGCCAAGCCCAUUUUAAGGUCCUUCACGGUGGAUUACAAUUGACGUUACGAACAGUUCGUGAAGAAGUUUGGAUUGUUCGCGGGAAAGAAGAGGUUAAACGCCAACUGAAUAAAUGUAUGACAUGUUUCCGUGAUCGAUGCCGACCAGCACAACAACAAAUGGCUGAUCUCUUGCCUCCGCAAGUCCAACCCAAUCGCCCAUUCAGUCAUACAGGUGUGGAUUUUGCUGGGUUCUUUGAAAUUAAGCUUUCAACAAAAAGAAAUGCUGGAACAACGAAAUGUUAUAUUUCACUGUUCGUUUGCCUCACGACAAAGGCCAUACAUUUAGAAAUUGCUCACGACCUAUCAACACAAGCUUUCAUAUCGGCAUUGAACCGUUUCGUUUCACGUCGUGGCAUCCCGAACGAUAUGUUCAGCGAUCGAGGAACUAAUUUCAUAGGGACUGCGAAUGAACUACCCCAAUUAUGGUAUCAAGAAGCAUCCAAAGAAAGCCAAUUGAUCCAAAAAGCUUGUGCAGAUCAUGGAAUUUCUUGGCAUUUCAAUCCCGCUCGGGCAAGCCAUUUUGGAGGCAUAUGGGAAGCUGGGGUUAAAUCAGUCAAAACACACCUUCAUCGCAUCUUGAAAGACACAAAAUUGAUUUACGAAGAUUUCAAUACAGUGCUAAUACAAAUUGAAGCGUGUCUCAACUCCCGACCAUUGUGUCCGCUGAGUGAACACCCCGACGAUUUAGAAGCUUUAACUCCUGGGCAUUUUUUAAUUGGACAAGCUCUGACAACCCUACCUCAUCCCAGCGUUGAGCACAUUCCGAUGAGUCGGUUAUCUAGGUAUCAGGCCUUGCAACGCAUGACACAAACUUUCUGGGUUUGUUGGUCUCAUGAAUACUUGGUUAAGCUACAACAACGACCGAAAUGGAAAAAACCACACGCUAAUCUAGGGGUCGGACAACUGGUGAUUAUCAAAGAAGAUAACAUUCCUCCAACAAAAUGGGUAUUAGGACGUAUCUUGAAAACUUACCCCGGAAAAGAUCAACUGGUCCGAUGUGCCGAAGUAAAAUGUCGAAAUACGAUAGUUAGUCGACCAAUACACAAACUUUGCCCAUUACCGAUCGACGAUAAUUUAGCUAAAUAUGAGCGCUUGAUAAACGAUCAAUCGCUCAUCCCCGGGGAGAAUGUUGAUGUGAAAUCAACAAAUUAA